UUAAGUCUCGUAUUUAUGCUUUUAACUCUAAUUUAAACGACGGAGUCUUAGAAUGUUUAGGUUAGGCGAAACAUCGGCACCUCUUCUGUCAACCUCUUUCUCUCUCCUCCCUUUCGAUCUCUUCAUUUCUACCAAGAUAAGUUGUGUCAUUGUUGCUCCACGGAAAGUGGUGUUUGUUUGACCACUUUUCCUUUGAAGUAGCUAUGCUACCCACUGAAGUGAAAGAACCUCAACUCCGUGAGAGCAACAGCCAGAAAGUCCACCCUCAACCUAUGGAAGAGGCCAUGAAUCAAAACGUUGAAGCUAUAGAUGCUCUGAUAUCAAGGAUUUUUACGAAUAUUUCCUCUUUAAAGACUGCUUAUAUCCAUCUCCAAGCAGCUCAUACUCCCUAUGAUCCUGAUAAAAUUCAAGUUGCUGAUAAGCAAGUCAUUGCAGAGCUUAAGAAUCUAUCGGAACUUAAGCAUUUUUACCGGGAAAACAAUCCCAAGCCUGUGUGUGUUUCUCCUCAAGACUCGAGGUUAGCUGCAGAGAUUCAAGAACAGCAAAGUUUAUUGAAGACAUAUGAGGUCAUGGUAAAAAAGUUCCAGUCAGAAAUUCAGAACAAAGAUUCUGAGAUAAAUCAGUUGCAGCAUCAGAUAGAAGAGGCUACUCAAAAGCGAGAGAAACUCGAAAAGAAUUUAAAGCUUAGGGGAUUGUCAACAAGAGAUUCAGAAGUUUCUGGAGAGCAAAAGGGAUUUUUCCCUGUGGAUUUGACUCCUGAUUUGUUUAUUUCGGUGGUAGAAGCUGCAUACAAAGCUAUCCAUGACUUCUCAAAGCCAUUGAUCAACAUGAUGAAGGCGGCUGGUUGGGACCUUGAUGCUGCAGCUCAGUCAAUUGAACCAAGUGUUGUUUAUGCAAAGAGAGCUCACAAGAAAUUUGCGUUUGAAUCCUGCAUAUGCCAAAGAAUUUUCUUGGGUUUUCAACAGGAGAGUUUCACAGAGAAACCUGAAGAUCUUUCAGUAAACAGAGAGAGUUUCUUUCAUCAGUACCUUGCUUUGAGAGAAAUGGACCCCUUGGAUGCUUUGGGUCAGAACCCAGAUUCCAUAUUUGGUAAAUUUUGCAGGAGCAAGUACCUAAUAUUAGUCCACCCUAAAAUGGAGGCCUCCUUCUUUGGUAAUUUGGAUCAGAGGAACUAUGUAAUGGGGGGUGGACAUCCACGCACCCCGUUCUACCAGGCCUUUCUAAAACUGGCAAAAUCAAUCUGGCUUCUGCAUAGACUCGCGCAUUCUUUUGAUCCAAGUGUUAAGGUGUUUCAAGUCAACAAGGGAACAGAGUUCUCUGAGGUUUACAUGGAAAGUGUGGUGAAAAACCUAGUACUUGAUGACAACGAGCAAAAACCAAAGGCUGGCUUGAUGGUUAUGCCUGGCUUUUGGAUUGGUGGUACAGUAAUUCAAAGCCGGGUUUACUUGACCGGCAUGAAAGUGGCUGAUUGAUUCUUCUCGUUAACGUUUGAUUCGUGUCUCAUUCGUGUCACUUUCCGUGUAACUUAGCAGUGUUAAUUUUCAUUGUAUGUAAGUCUGUCCUUCUAGUAGCUGGCUGCUGUAUUCUCAGUGCCUUCUUGUUGAAGUGUGUGAUUGUGUCUCCAGUCCUCAAGGGCUGUUGGCAUAAAUUGGUGUUCCAUUUGUUAUGUAGGAUCAACAUCUUCAUGCUGUCUCACAGUGUCUGUAAGACUGUAACUGUGUUGUUAAUGCAUAAUGCACUUUGGUGCAAAAUCUGUGCAUCUAGUGGUUGGUGAAAUAAUAACAAAUGAUGACCAACGUACACUUUUUCUUA